AUGGCAAGACUACUACAAUCUAAGAGAAGUAAUAAUCUAAUGGACCCUUUUCAAUUUCAAGAAAAAUACCAGCAGGUGGACGAACAGCAGCAGAAUGAAGAGGAAGAACAAUGUGGGAUUCUUGAUAAUGGAUUAUCAAGGACCAAAAAAGUAACCAAAGAUGUUAGUGUUAUCAUACAACCAGCGGACCAAACUCCUAGUGAUUUUGAACAAACUAGUAGUAAGCUAACUAAUGUGAAUGACACCAAAGAAGAUAUUUGGGCUCAAAAGAAAUGGUUAGAUAUGUUCUGUUUUACCACCAUUCUCAUCAUGAAGACUUUCGCCGUUCUACAGAUAUUUUUCCGCUUCCAUGGUAUGAGUUCUUUCGACUUCUACAUGACGAAUAUUUGUGCAGUUAUACAGUUGAUGCUAGGACUUGCUAGUGCCUUCACUCUUUGGAAAGGAUAUGAAAGAUCUUUUGUUGAUAACAUUUUUGUAUGUUUUUAUUGUAGCUGGGGACUUGAUAUACUAUUUUUUUAUCUAUUCAAAUGGAGAAAGAUGACAUAG